AGAGAUGUGAAACUCCCAUUGAUUGAUCUCCACUACACUCCCCGCUGACCAGAGAAAACAGUCGACAGCAAUUGCAAGAGGGGAUUUAAAUUGCACAAAUAGUGUCCACCUCACUUGACGAAUAAGUUGACCCGUACAGACAGCUAGGUGGAGAGUGGAUGGAGCCGAUGCAGAUGGUGCAUGUACGACAUAUGGGGGCUGUGCUUUCCUGAACCCGCUGCUUCCAGGUAUCUCCUCUCAUUAUACCGACACAACAGCUGUAAAUGCAUCAGAAAACACUCGCAGCAGCCGGUCGUCAUCAAAGGUAACUAGGUGGAUAGAGAGAAGCGGAGAAGCCGUUUGAAGAGGGAGGCUCCUGCCCAUUUCUGGACGUCCAUCUCUCCAGCCUACCCCUCAUCACGUCUAUCCACCACCGCCCUCCUCCUCCUCCUCCUCCUCCCCAGCCAUGGACCCCCCGAGGACUCGGUCGCGCUCUCGAUCUGGUUUCUAUCAUUUCGGCAUGAACGGCAACGUUGGAAGCAACGGCGGCGGUAACGCUGUUGGUAACGGGAGCAUGAUGAACGCCAGCGGAGGAGGGGUGAGCUACCCGCAGCAGAGCAACCCCGGCUGGGCUCCGCACCAUGGUGGUCGGAGCUACCAGGAGAGCCAGCAGCAGCAGCACACCCAGGGGAGCUACCUGUCUGCAGGGGCGCAGCGCCACUCUUCGCACGGAUCUCAUAGACACCCCGGGGCCGGAGGAGUGCUACAUUUUCAUCCAGAUAACGUGUGCAGCGAGGAUCGGGAGAAAAUGGAAGACAGCCCGAGCCCGAAAAGGCAGCGCCUUUCCCAGCAGUCCAUGUUGGAUCUAAGCUCCGCCCCUCCCUCUACUCCUUCCUCUCCCAUUCGCCCCUGGGAGCUGCCUCCCAGUCGCAGACCACACCCCAUUUACAUGCCAGAGAGAUGCCACACGCCUCUCCGCAACAGGCGCAGCCCUCCAAUGAGACGCCAGCGUGGUCGAAGAGACCGACUGACCCGCCACCACCACCACGCCCACAACAACCACCACCACUACAACAGCAACAACAACAACCACCACCAUCACCACCCCAAUGCCCACCAUCACCACCACCACCACCUGCACUCUCACCACGGCCUUUCGCCAGGCCACCAGGAUGAGAACUACCGUCACCCGGCUCCCCCUCAGGGCUACCCACCCUAUAGCCAGCAACCUCCCCGAGGGCUGGGGCCCGGUCCUGAAGAGCGCCCAGGUCACCAUCCCCCAAACCCCUCCCCGAGACCCCUACACCAGUCACCAAACCUGUCUCCCAGGCUGCUGCACCCUGCGGCCCAUCCACAGCACCCACACCCCCACCCAUCCCAGCAGCAUAGCAGUUUGGUGCUGGAUCUCCAUGAGCAGGGUUCAGUUCCAGUAUCGUAUCCUGUGUCUCCUCCGGGCGCGCCACCAGGCCUGCCGCCUCGCUCUGCCCCUCAGCAGAUCCCAGCAUGCUCUGUAGUCUUCAGUGGACAGCACUAUCCCGUCUGCAGUGUCCCUCCUCCUGUCCUUCAGACUUGUUCUGUGCAACACUUACCCAUGCCCUACCCAUUCCCAUCACUGUUGUCCAGUGAUCCGGCUUUCCUGCUUCCCCCUCCUCACCUCCCCCAUCCCCCCACCCACCUUUCCCACCACCCACCCCACCUGCCCCAGCCUGGACAGUUUGGACCGUAUCCGACGCAGCAGGCCCGAUCGCCGCUACAGAGGAUAGAGAAUGACGUGGAGCUGCUUGGAGAACACCUGUCAUUGGGUGCUGGCCUCCACUAUCCUCCCGCCACCCACCCUGCCCUCGCGCCACACUCAACACAGCUUCACUUCCUCUCCCAUGACCCCCUGCCACAGGAAUUUUUCGGAGUGUCCUAUCCAAACUUUAUUCCUCGCCGUCUCCCGGGGCGACGGUACCGUUCGCAACAGCCACUGCCACCUUCGCCUUACCACCCCAGCCUCCUGCCUUACUUCCUUUCAAUGCUGCCAGUCCAGCCUACAGGUCCUGCGAUCAGUCUAGAGCUGGAUGUAGACGAUGGAGAAGUGGAAAAUUAUGAAGCCCUGCUGAACCUCGCUGAGCGUCUGGGAGAGGCCAAACUCCGAGGACUGACGAAAGGAGACAUUGAACAACUUCCUUCCUAUCGGUUCAAUCCAAAUAACCAUCAGUCUGAACAAACACUGUGUGUGGUGUGUAUGAGUGAUUUCGAGUCCCGCCAACUGCUGCGAGUCUUGCCCUGCAGCCAUGAGUUCCAUGGGAAGUGUGUUGACAAGUGGCUGAGGGCCAACAGGACGUGUCCCAUUUGUCGGGCCGAUGCCUCAGAGGUCCAGAGAGACUCAGAGUGACCACAUGAGGGAGCCAGAUACUCCUAAUUGUCUGUCAAAACACUUCAGCACACAGUGUAUUGAUCCACAUGUACGUGCUUACACACACACACACACACCACUUCCUUGUCAUUUAGCGCAGCACUUCCUGCUUGUUUGUUAUGUUUCCAUCUUUAUGUCCCUUCUCCCUUAAAUUUGAUCUGAUUUUCAUCAGUUUUUUCUUUUUACUUCGGUCUUUCCUUUUCACAUGAAUGCAGGCCCUCACAUAUUUUAGUGAAUUACACCCUGCCUGAUAACUAUUCUGUUGUAGUGUGUGUAUGUGUGCGUGUACACAUGCAUGCAGCACCCCUGUUCAAGCGUUGUUUGGUCAGCCCUGUAAUGCCGCACUGUGGUACAUGACUGUGUGUGUUUUUCAAGGGGGGUGUGUGUGUGUGUGUGUGUGUGUGUGUGUGCGCGUGUCAGAUUUUUAGACAUCCUGGAGCAUGCCUGAGUUUCUGAUGUGUAUCAGACAAGAGUGAACAACACUGGAGAGUUUUUUUCUCUCAGGAGUGACUGACUUUACUUCUUGUAUGUUUAUGCACUGUCUGUCUGUAUGCAUACUAUGUGUGGAUGUAUGUUAUAGACUUAAAUCCUUUUUCUCUAGUUUGACACUAAGGGUCCAUGUUGCCACUUUACUUCUUGGUUACCUAUUCGAUCCAUUUCUUUCAGUAAUAAUAAUUCUUCUUAUUAAUAUUAUUAUUCAGCUAUUAUAAGUGAUUGUUUUCCUGCCUGGCAGUUACCUCAUCAUUCCGGUUUUGGUCAUCAUUACAAGCGCUUCACGGCCCUACUUUGAAAUUAAGCACAUUAUAUACUUUUCUUUACUUAGUAAAAAUAAGUUUGUCUGUGACUUUGCAGUGGCACAUGUGAU